ACUCGGACACGACGCUCGCCAUUCUCGUGUUUAAAAAAGUUCAACGUUCCAUUUUCAAACGAUUGACAAAUCGCGCGCCCGUUCGAAUUUGACGUUCUAAUUCUUAUUUGAUUUUUUUUAUUGUUUUAAAUUCAGAUAGAUAGUAAAUUUUAGUGUUUGUGAGUGGCAGUUUUAAAAAGUAAAAGGAGGUGGCACUAAAUUUGAUUAUACAAAAGAUGCGUUCACAUUAGUGAGGUAACGUAGAAAAAUUCAAAAUGGCGGCGCGUCCCGCCGCCGUGGUCGUGGAGCGCGCCUACAAGUAUUAUGGCAAGCAGGACAAGCCAGAUUACAAGCCAGUACUCAAUUACCUCGAUAUGACAGUCGAGAAAGGGAUCAUUUACGGACUUCUGGGUGCCUCAGGUUGCGGAAAGACAACGCUCCUCUCCUGCAUAGUGGGUAGACGAUCAUUAGACGGGGGAGAUGUCUGGGUGUUGGGGGGGAAACCUGGGGAAAAGGGGAGCGGGGUACCUGGACCUAGAGUUGGAUAUAUGCCACAGGACAUAGCAUUGGUCGCAGAGUUUUCAGUCCGAGACGCGGUCUUCUACUUUGGUCGUAUCUACGGUAUGUCAAUGAAGAAGUUAGUAGAACGCUUCGACUUCCUAACUAAUCUCCUGGACUUGCCCAGCGGUGGACGACUGAUCAAGUCGCUGUCUGGAGGUCAGCAAAGAAGAGUAUCUCUGGCAGCUGCAUUGGUUCAUGAACCAGAAUUGUUAAUCCUGGACGAGCCAACAGUCGGUCUGGAUCCUGUUCUACGAGAAAGGAUCUGGGACUUCCUUGCCGAGCUGGCCAGGGGUGGCACCACAGUUAUCAUCACCACACAUUACAUAGACGAAACGAAACAAGCUCAUAAAAUCGGUCUACUACGUGACGGGCAACUGUUAGCGGAGGACUCUCCAAGUGAGAUCCUGCGUAAAUACGACUGUGAUACUUUAGAAGAUGCCUUCCUCAAGAUGGCGUUGCGACAGCACGAAGUUACCAAUAGGAGACGAUCGACUCUGACUUCAUCACCUGAUGUGAUCCCUGAGAGCAGCAUUGUAACUAAUACCGACAGCCGCUACCAGUCGCGGGAUGACUUCAAUAUCGUAACCAGCAGUACAGAUAUGCUCACUACCAAAGAAAAACCAUCAAAUUGUCCAAGCAAAUCCAAAGCGAGGUACAGAGCUGUCUUUAUUAAAAGCAUUCAACAGUUCUCAAGGCAUCCUGGGGGCUUAAUAUUCUCGGUGUUGUUCCCCAUCAUACAAGCCGUGGCCUUUUUCAUGGCAGUUGGCAGCGAUCCCCGCGACUUGCAUGUCGCUGUCGUUAACGAUGAAGCAGCUUCGUCACCAUACGGUUUAGAUAUUUGCAAAAAUAGUAGUUUAGUGACUGUAAUACGAAACGAUGAUGAUACUUGUGACCAGUAUAUGCUGAGCUGUUGGUUCAUAGAGGAGAUGGAGAAACGAAGGCUCUUUCAGGUACCAUACAACAGCACUUCGCACGGUCAGAGCGCUCUAUCUAGACGUCAGACGUACGCGGUGUUGCACUUCGCGCACAACUUCAGCAGUGCGCUCGGAGCGCGCGUGCGUGACGGCGACGUGCCCGACGAUGUACUGCGGGACAGCAUUGUUAGCGUCUGGCUCGACACUGCCGAUUAUCAGAUUUCUAACUUCAUUAAGAUGCAGCUGCACAAGGCGUACGAACAGUUCACGAGGCGCGCUAUGGCCGCCUGCGGACUGAACGAGGACCUCGUACAGAUUCCCGUUCACUUUGAAGAGCCAGUCUAUGGAUCUAUGGAGGCCCAAAUGGUUGGAUUCAUGGCACCCGGUAUUAUGAUCACUAUAAUUUUCUUCCUGCCGGCCAUAGUGACAUCGACUCUGAUGAUCUCUGACCGGCUGGAGGGCGUGUGGGAGCGCAGCGCAGUGGCCGGCGUCCGCGCCAGGGAGAUGCUCAACGUGCACUGCGCGCUGCAGUCCGUCGUUAUACUCAUGCAGACUUUAGAGAUGAUGGCACUGGCGUACUGGGGCUACAGCUUGCCUUCCCGCGGCUCGCUGCUGACCUGCGGCGCGCUGCUGUUCCUGCAGGGCCUCAGCGGGAUGUGCUACGGCUUCCUUCUCUCCGUGCUCUGCUCCAGUUACACUGUCUCCUUCUUUGUGGCUACAGGCAGCUUCUAUCCUAUGAUACUGCUGUGUGGUAUUCUCUGGCCUUUAGAAGGUAUGUCGGCGGGGCUUAGAGCAGUCGCAUUAGCUCUGCCUUUCACUGUACCUUCAAAGUCACUGAGAGACAUCAUGGAGAAAGGAUCUUCAAUCACAGAUGCUACGGUCUACAAUGGCUUCCUCAUUACGAUAGCGUGGAUAGUCGUUACAAUUAGCUUAUGUUUCCUUAGACUUAAAUAUAAGAAAACGUAGUUUUAUUUCUUAUGAAUACGCUCAAUCGGGUAGCUUGUAAAUAGCUUUUAUAUUU